UUCCAGUCACCCGAGCUUGCUGACCAAGUGCCAGCUCCGAAAUGCUAUCUGCAAUGGUCCGUUUUGCUGAGGCCCGGUGUAUCUGGGACUAUUUGAAGCUGUCUGGAGGCAACUUCCCCCAGGAGCCCAACAGGAAUCAAGGGCCCUUGAGAGGGAGUCCUGGAGAUAAGGCAAGACGGGGGACUGUGGAUAGGACACCAUCUGUUCUGGAUCUGCUCCCCUCCUCCUUCGGGCCACUCUGCUGUCUACCACACAGAAGGGAGUAGCCAAAGGCAACCUUUAGGUGCAAGGCUCUUCUGGAGGAGCGAGACCACCAUGGCUCAGGAGAAGUUCUUCAUCCUGUUCCCACUACUGGUCCUGGUGCUGCUGGCGCUGGGCUGUGUCCAGCCGUCUCUGGGCAAGGAGUCCCGGGCCAAGAAGUUCCAGCGGCAGCACAUGGACUCGGACACCUCCAUCGUCGGCUCCAGCUACUGCAACCAAAUGAUGAAGCGGCGGAACAUGACGGCCGGGUGGUGCAAGCCGGUGAACACCUUUGUCCACGAGCCUCUGCCCGACGUCCAGGCCGUCUGCCUCCAGAAAAAUGUCACCUGCAAGAACGGGCAGCCCGACUGCCACCAGAGCAGCUCCAGGAUGCACAUCACCGACUGCCGCCUGAAGCGUGGCUCCAAGUACCCGAAAUGCGAGUAUCAGACGGAGCAGAAGGAGAAAUCCAUCAUCGUGGCCUGUGGGGGGAACCCGUAUGUGCCGGUCCACUUCGACGCUUCCGUGUAGGUCUCCACCUGAGGCCAGAUCAGUGAGAUGCCCCAGUCCCCAUGGUGGCCCCUGCUUCUCCCCUCUCCCUUCCUUGCUCCGAGGGAAACAACUCCAGUGAGGGCUCCUAUCCAAAACACAUGCUUCCCUGCCCAGGGCUCGCCCCGGCGUGGUUUGGGGGGCUAAGGUGGGCCCCGUGUGAACCACUUCACUGCUUCUUUCAAUAAAACACAGUUG